AUGUUAUCUAAGCAGAUCAGCAAACCUGCCACCGAGCAGACCCUCACCGGCCCUAACGACUGGGAAAGAUGGGAAAAGAUAUUCCUUUCCAAGAUAGAGCAGAAGGAUCUUAUGGGAUAUCUCACCGGAGAAAGGGAACUGCCUACGAGGCCCGAGAUGACGGUGAUACCACCAACUCCCCCGUCAAUCGAAGCAUUGCGAGAAAGGAAUCGUACCACAAAUCGAGACCGAGAACGAAGCACACAGACCGAAGGAGACCAGGCUUCACAGGAUGAAGCUAUUUCCACCGGUCCAGCAACCUCAGCGGAGAAAGCAGCUCUCAAGCUAUGGAAGGAUGAAUAUUCGCUAGAGCUAUCUCACUUCAACACGCUGAUGACGUAUUACCGAACGCAAGAGAGCCGAUAUGAAGCCGAACGGAAGAAAAUUGACGACAUUAUACAAUGGAUGCAGACGUCGGUUAGUAACGAUAUCAAGGAUGCGUGCUUCGGGGUAGGGAUAGACGUACGAACCGGAUAUCAAAACUUGAAGCAAUUCUUUGGACGUACGGCCAUGACGAUUGCUCAUCAAAUAGGACAAGAAUAUAGAAUGCAUAUGAAGGAAUUUCAAACCUGGCCAAAGGAUAUCAAUUCUUGGGUAACCCAGUGGAUGUCUAUCAUGCAACGUGGAAAGCAAUAUAACCUCACAUUUGCGAAGGAUGUAGUCAAUUGGACUAAGGAUUUCUUUGACGCCUUUUAUAAAGCUGAUCCGGCGUGGGUAACCGUGCUACGAACAACGUAUAGCGACCGGAUUGAAGCCGGGAAUAUCACAUAUAACGACUUCGCUAAGCAGGUGCAAGAGCAAGAUCGCACCAGGCCCAAAGUGACAGCGAAGAGAGGCUUCCAACGAGGAGCCUUUAACGCAAAUCAACAACAAGACGGCGCCUCGGACGAAGAUAAUAACAACGAGAACGAGAAUAACACCCGCAGCGAGAGCUACAGAGGAAAAGGCCACCGAGGUGGUAAUCGAGGAGGAAAACGAGGCAACAAGAACUAUCAACCAGCUCGCGCAAGCAGCGGUCCUGCUUGUAUCGGAUGCGGUAUGACGCAUCCUGUUGUUCACUGCUUCUAUCUCUUUCCUUUCCUCGCUCCAAAAGGGUGGAUACCGAACGAGACGAGGGCAGCCAUUGUCGAAAGGAAUAUGCGAGAUAAAAGGAUUUGUGAAGAAGUUGAAGAUUUACGGAAGAAAUUCGCGUCAACUCAAUUCCAGAUCGUUGAGCGAAGAAGCAAGGAAAGCAAGGAAGAAGAAUCGCUUAUAUGA